UCUGCUCUCGAUUUCUCUGUGAAAGGAAAAAAAUGGAAGAGAAUGAGGCGAAUGCAUCAGCAACUAACCCUAAGACGACGCAGGAGCUAGCAGUAGAAGGUCAGAAGCAUCUAGAAGAAACGAUACAGUCAGCUUUCCAGAUCCUCUCCUCCAUGAACGACGAGCUCUGCAACCCGCUCCUCUGGUCCAUCAAUUCCUCCGCAAACGGCGUCGUGCAUAGCGAUUCGUCGUCUUCUGAGAACACUAAUGCCCAGAAUCACGGCGACUCUGGCGGUCCCGGAGCUGGCGGAGCUCUUGAGGAGGCUCGGUUUCGGUAUAAGAACUCCGUGACGGCGCUCCGGGCUGUUUUGGCUGCAAUUCCUAAUUCUCAGAAGGAAUCAUCUGAAACUGGUUCGUCUGGAGAUGAAACUGAAAUUCAGAAGUUGGAAGAGCAAGCCUCCAAUUUGAGAAAGGAGCUUGUGAAGAAAAAUGCAUAUGUCAAGGUUCUUAUAGAUCAGAUACGAGAUCUUGUCACCGACAUAUCUACCUGGCAAAGUCCUUGUUCUGUCUGACGUCAGGCACACUGUACAUCUUUGAAUGGGUGGAAACUUUCUGGAAGUCUGAGAAUCUGUGAAGCUUCAAUUGUAAUAUAUAUUAGGGUUCACAAAGGGGAAAGUCUCAUGAGGAGAUAUAACAUGAGAGAUACAAUAGUGGAGAUUUGUUAGACCUGAUAAAUUUGAUAUCAUAGAUUUCAGAUUAGCUUGAUUCUCCUUUCUUUGCCAUGUAUUAGAUGUAUCAUCUAUGAAAUCAGCCAUGCUGUUUAACCAUUAAUGGAAAAUGGGCUGGUUUUGCAUGA